GAAGCUGCUGCUGAUCUCUCCCAUUCAUUUCUCCUCUUUGCCAUGUGGUGGAUUGGUGUGUUUCUGGGGCUCUUCCUUCUAGCCCGCCCGUCUGGGUUUUUGGAUGGCACUUCAGCUCGCGAAGCUUGUCCAAUUGUCCACGUGGCUGAGCCCGAAGGCGGCUCUGUGAACAUCUCCAUCCCGAAUGCCACCUACAUUUCAGAGACGUCUUUCUUCGUGCAGAAAUAUGACACCUCAACUUCGUCGUGGGACGAUGUCACUUACUUCUCUGAGGAGGACUCCCAAAAUGUCCGCAGUUCCUUCAAGGAGACGCUCUCCUUUUCUGGUGGCUACUUCAAGAUGGAGAACGUGAGCAAAGGGGCUGAAGGAGUUUACAGGAUUCAAGAUGAAAUGUACAAGAAGUGUGUGGCUAUAGUAAACCUCACCGUGGUAGAGCCCAGCUCAAUCCCACCUACUGUGUCUGGGACCUCUGGUGCUGAGGAGGAACCUCGCAGUGAGACCAAAGCGGAGGAGCCAGAGUCCUGGAAUCUUCUCACGAUUCUUCUGGUGCUUGGAGUGGUGGUGGCAGCUGUGGUGGGAGUGCUGCUAGUGUGUGUAGUGCUGCUAGUCUUACUGUACAAAUGUGAGUUUCAGAAAGCUAGAGAAAAAGUGUCUGCCUACCUGCGACUCAUCUUCAGUAAGCCGACUCAUCUGUCCCACGAGCCUGGAAGUCCGCAGGAUUCACAGGAAUAUGAGCUCCCCGCAGUGCAUGACUGGGAUGGGGACCAGGCCCAGGGGACCAGAAACAGGAAUCGAGACCCAGCCCUGGAGAAUGAUGAGGGAGACCUGCUAAUGGAGGACAGAUGCUUCACCCAGGAAACCAGAGAAAGGGAUCCAUUAGGUGGGGACACGAGCCCAGCCCAGGGAACUAGAGUAGCGUUGCCAACCCUCCAGGAGUCUACCCUGCCCCCAGGUCUUAAAAAGUCGAAGCAUUUCGUUUAG